GAAGGAGGGCGGUUUGAAAGCAGAGAGGGAAAAUAUUUUUAACACGUUUAAAAUACGCCAAAUUUACUCAUAAGAUAAAACAUCUGCGUGUUGCCAUUAAAAAAAGUACACCUAAAGGCUAGCCGUGCAUAGGCUCUGAUGUAUUUUUACUUUUCAAACGACUUAGCUAGCGUUACAUUGACUCGGUACGCCCGGUUGCUGGCUAACUAGCUAGUCACCGCCGCUGUGAUGUGCAGCUGCCGACUGUCGUUAAAAUUCCUCUCUGUUAAAUGUUGACCGAGCGCACGUCAGAAUCGAUGUGAACGCUUUGAAGAUGGCGAGUGUGCACGAAAGUUUGUAUUUUAAUCCCAUGAUGACGAACGGAGUCGUCCAUGCUAACGUGUUUGGCAUUAAAGACUGGGUGACUCCGUAUAAAAUCUCCGUGUUAGCGUUGCUGUAUGAAAUGACUGCCUCCAAGAUAACACUGCCAGAGAGAAGGCGACUUAACAAGCUCAUCCUCCCCCUACAGCAGGGGCCAGACUUGACUCUCGGCCAGUUCCUCAAGACUGUGGAGGAGUGUUGUCCACAGACUGCAUAUGCUGUCAAACUGAGGCUCCACGAAAUGGCAGAUGGAGAGCUGAAAGACAUGGAGUACUUCUUUUCUACUCUUCCCACUCCAUUCACAGCUUUUGAUACCGAAGCUUACAAAACCAGUGUAGUAGGUCUUUUUAUGCGACACAUGCUUCUGGCCUACAACAAGCUUUCUUUCAGUCAGGUUUACAAGCUGUACAAAUCCCUGCAGCACUACUACCACAGUCACUAUGCCAAGCCUAUGGACGGCCAGGUGCCGGCCUUGGUCGCAGACGACUCGGAGAUGGACCUGACCAGCAUUGAGGAUACUGUAGGUGACAGAGUGGACAAGGAGGAGCUGGACACUGCACUGCACGAGUCAGAGCUUCGAAGUGACAUUACUCCAAGCAGAGGUCCCCUCUCACAAAAACAAGCAGAGUACUUUCUUGCUAGACAGGCAUACCUACUCAAGAAUGAUGAGAAUAAAGCUCUAAAGCCCGCUGCUCUGCAGGAAGAGCUCAACAACAUGCUGAAGUUUAAUCCUGACUUUGCUGAAGCGCAUUAUCUGAACUACUUGAACAGCAUGAGAGUCCAGGACAUCUUCCUGUCAGCCCACAGUCUCUUACAUUAUUUUGAUCGCCUCAUCUUGUCUGGAAAUGACGGAAAGAGCAAUGGGGACGAGGGCUAUGGUCGAAGUCUCCGUUACGCUGCUCUUAACUUGGCAAGCUUGCACUGUCGCUUUGGCCAUUAUCAACAGGCUGAUCUGGCUCUACAGGAGGCUAUCCGGAUUGCCCAAGAGUCCAAUGAUCAUGUGUGCUUGCAGCACUGUCUGAGUUGGCUCUACACACUGGAACAGAUGAAGGGUUCUGACAGCACUGUGCUAACCGAGGAUUCAGUAAAAAUGGCUGCCCAUUUCUGCCUGCCAUAUUUGGCAUCUCUGGGCAUUCAGUCAUUGGUCCAGCAGGGGGCGACACAGGGUAAAACGGCACACAAGCUGAUGGAUGCCCUGAAGGACACAGACAUUCUUCACUGGAAGCACAGUCUGUCGGAGCUGAUCGAGAUCAGCCUGGCACAGACGACUUCCAUAUGGAGGAUGUAUGGAAAGAGCACGAUGUCUCUGCAACAGGCCCAGCUGCUUCUCAACAUGAGCAGUCUUGAGCCAGUUAACUUCGGGGUCCAGCAGAACAACACAGAGGCCUUCGCUGUGGUCCUCUGUCACCUGGCCGAGCUACACGCUGAGCAGGGCCUGUACGGUGUCGUUUCAGAGAUUAUUCAGCAUCUGAAAGAACAGUUUCCUCCUCACACACAGCAUGCCAAGCUCUGGAUGCUGUGUGAUCUGAAAAUCCAGUUUGAGAGACAUAUGAACGAAGGGAAAUAUCACUUGGCAGAGCCUCUAGUCACAGCUAUCGCUGCGUUAAAUCAGACAGAGGGUCUUUACAGGAAAGCUCAAGUUCUGAAGGCUCUCAACCGCAGCACUGAAGCAUACCACAUCUUACAGCAGCUGCAGGCUCGCUGUGAGAAGACUAAGUGUACAGAGAUGGUUAUCAGAGUGAUGCUGUCCACUGCUGAGCUCCACUGGGAGUCGUCUGGCUUCUCCACAGCUCUUCCCGUCCUCCUGCAGGCCUUGGCUCUGGCUAGACAGCACCACCUCCAGUCACUGGCCUCGGAAACCAUCCUUCACCUGGCCUUCACUCAGCUGAUGUUGGGGGUUCCUGAGCAAGCUCUGAAUGUGCUGCAUGAAGCCAUCGAGCCUAUUCUGGCCCACAGAGCAGUCAUGGACAAAGGUCGUGCCAUGCUGCUGGCAGCCCGCUGUCAGAUGGCAGUGGCUGGGUUCAAGCCAAACAGACAAGGGCAAGCAGAUUUGCGUUUAGCAGCUUCGGCUCUCGACACACUAAACGAGGCCGCCGCCUAUUUCUCCCAGCUGAACUGUAAGGAGCGGCUGCGGGACGUGCACUAUCUGCAGGCUCAACUCCACCGCUCUCUGGGACAAAUCUUGGAGAGCAACAAAAGUGCCAUGCUCUUCCGGCUGUUGGACCAGGAGCUGCAAUCGCCAGCACCGCCGGUCUCCAUGCGGCUCUAAACUGCUCCCUUCCCCAUCAACAAAAACUGAACUGAAUCACUGCAACUCACCACUAGAUGGUGCUGAGGCUCUGUCCUGUGUUCUAGACUAAAACAUUUCAUUUGUGGCUGUGUUGAAAGAGAGGUGUUUGUGAAACCUUUUGCACGGAGUAACAGGAUGAUAACUAAAAAUGUAACAUGACAGCAGCCAUGAAUUAAAAUGAGU